CUGCCAUCUGGAGCUGUGAAGCACUUCCUUCCAUUUGCUGGGGGUCCAUACAUUCCGAUUUUACGCCUGCGUGACGACCCUCGUGGUUUUCCCUUCACAAUCAUCUUUGUGCAUGGAGCGCAGAUCUGGUUCUUACCCUAAAGCUUGUUGGCCAAACUCUGGCUGUAGUGAACUAUCCUUUACUGGAGUUUGCAGACAUCAGCUGAAGUUCUCAUAGGGGUGUUGCCUUGCCUUUAUGAGGCGGAACCAACCGAGUGCAAAACUAUUUGAAUUUGUGGGGGUACUACUACACUGCCUUUUUCAUGUCUGCCUGAUCUGGAGCUGGUGUUUUUUCUUUACUCUUGGUUCCUCUUCUUGACUUGGAUGCAUUUACACAGAGGAUGUUAGCUGCCAGACAAUAGGGAGCUUUUGUCAGGGGGAGAGCAGCAUGUGUAUGGGCGCUCUGUCAUGAGCUCUCAAAAGUGGAGUCAGAACAACUCACGAGAGGAGGAGGCCGUUCCUGGAUCUGCCCUCUGGCUAAAUACGCAUCCUGCCUUUGAAACGCAAAACGCACAUGUUCAUGGGAGGGAAAACUUAUUAGACAAUGUAAACAAGAAGGUUUUUAGAGGCUGUAAUGCUGCUGAAUGCUGACUUUGCUCAGUUUCUGAAGAAGAGGGGAUGACCGUGUGGACCUGCAGUUUUAGCAUCACUGGAGAACAGCAACAGCAUGAGAUCUUUCACUUAAUUUGUAUUCAACAGGUCAGAUUCAAACCUAUUUUUUUUAAAUUAGGACACUCUGCUAGAACACUCUUUUGAAAGGACCAUGACAGCAGCGACUUGGUACCAUCGGGACAUCAGCCGUGUGCAAGCCGAAGAGCUGCUGGCCCGUGCUGGGAGAGAUGGCAGCUUCCUGGUGAGGGACAGCGAAUCUGUACCUGGAGCCUAUGCCUUGUGUCUGCUAUUCCAGCGACAUGUUCAUACAUACCGAAUCCUCCCAGAUGCAGAUGGAUUAUUGGCUGUGCAGGCCACGCAGGGAGUGCAGGUGAAUUGUUUCCGUACUCUUGGUGAUUUGGUUGUGGGGUAUCAACACCCUCACAAAGGUCUGGUGGCCCCUUUGCUUUACCCUGUUUUGCGUGAAUCAGAGCCCAAUGAUGAGAGCUCAGAUGGUGACGAUGAGAAGCCAGGUUCAACAUUUGCCACACCUCCACCACGAGCAAUGUCCCCUGCAGGCCACCCUCCACCCUCCAGUUCAGCAGCCGCUCAUUUACUUCUGCAGAGGCUCCAUGAGCUCCGCCCAAAUAGUUUAGGCUGCGAGAUCAUCCCAUUACUAGAUGAGUAUCUGCAUGGCAAUGUGUGUAAGGACCUGGAGAAUGUGAAAGGGGGAGCGUUAGGACUGCAACACUUUCAGUGUAUCCUCAGCCGUGCUUGUGAGAGUCUGCACAGUGAGAUUGACCAGACACUGUCAAGUUUGGAGACUUUGGCGAAAGUGUUUGAUCAUCCAAUCAGCCAUCUCACUUUUCCCACAAUGCAGAAUAAAGGAACAAGUCCUGAAGAAAAUAUGGACCAUCUACUUCACAAGCUUACUACCCUCUGUAACCUGCUGUCUUCUCUGGAGAAGAGGGUUCUCAAAGCUUUGCAAGAAGCUGUAACCAAUCACAACUUAUCUUUGCAACCAGCCACUCCUCCUGAGGCAGUAACAGCUAACAAAAAGCAUGCCCGACCCAAUCCCGCCCACAGCUUUCAGGUCAAGGUGGUCAGGUAUGGCAGGCAAACAGUGUCGGUAGAUAUAGAUGCAGGAGUGCUGCUAUUUGACAAGAAGUCUGGCUCAUUUGGUGUGGAGACUGUCACACACAGCAGAAUCGUGCAGUUGGUAAAGUUUCAGAAAGGCCCUGCCAAACUGAAGAUGGUCGUUGACAGUCUUCACAACCCACCGAGAGAACUGGUGUUUGAGAGCUUAAAGAAGCGUGAAGCCUUCUGUCGCCUGCUGCAGCUUAUGAAGGCUGCUCACUCUCAGCAGUCUGAGCUUGAUGUCAUCUCUGUGUUUGUGGGCACCUGGAAUAUGGGGGACAGUCCACCACCUGCUUCAUUGCAGACUUGGGUUACUUGCUGUGGUCUGGGUCUCACCCCAGAUGAGUCCAUUGCCUCUCUGCCUCAUGAUAUAUAUGCAGUGGGCACUCAGGACAACCCGCAGGGCGAGAGAGAGUGGGUUGAACACAUCAGAGCCACGCUUCGGAGUGCAACCAACAUCGAAUUCAAACAGGUGGCAGUACAGUCCCUUUGGAAUAUCAGACUGGCUGUGUUUGUAAAACCAGAGCACGAAGGAUGCAUCAGUCAAGUUAACACGGCUAGUGUAAAAACUGGACUGGGGAACACGCUUGGAAAUAAGGGAGCAGUAGGAGUUUCUCUUCUCUUUAACGGGACCUCAAUGGGCUUUGUGAACUGCCAUCUGACUUCUGGUAGUGAUAAAGCACUCAGGAGGAACCACAACUUCCAAGACAUCCUCAGACUUUUGUCUCUUGGAGAAAAACAGCUCAGCACUUUUGACAUUAGCCUUCGUUUCAAUCAUCUCUUUUGGUGUGGAGACCUCAACUAUCGCCUGGACCUGGAUGCACUGGACAUAUUGAAGCAUGUUUCAAAGCGAGAAUAUGAGGAGCUGAUGUGUGCUGACCAAUUGACUAGAGAGCGGCACAAAAGAAAGGCCUUUUUUAACUUUAAGGAGGAGAAGAUUUUGUUCCCCCCCACCUAUCGGUAUGAACGUGGUUCUAGAGACUGUUAUCUGUGGCAGAAAUACAAGUCCAGUGGGGUGCAAGUCAAUGGGCCCUCAUGGUGUGACAGAGUCCUGUGGAAGUCCUACCCAGAGUCUCACAUAACCUGUACCUCAUAUGGAUGCACAGACAACAUCUUCACUAGUGAUCACUCUCCUGUUUUUGCAACUUUUGAAGUCGGUGUAAUAUCACAGUUUCCCAGAACAGACUCAGGUUCAGAGAGAGCCAGUAUUGAACUGGAGGUGAUUGAGGCCAUAGUGAAAACUGCUAGCAAGGCCAAGUUUUUCAUCGAGUUCCACUCCCGCUGUCUAGAAGAGCCUCGCCGUUCUGCCGAGAAUGACUCACAGUGCUGUGAGGUGCCAGGGUUUCUCAAACUUUGCUGGUCUUCCAAACAGUUUCCCAAGUUCCACCCAGUUCUCUCAGAUUUAGAGCAUCUCCGGGAUAAGCACUUGCUGUUGUCUGUGAAGUCAUGUGACGGCUUUGAGUCAUAUGGCGAGUGCUGUGUGCCUCUUCGCUCGGUAACAGGGAAAUCAUCGGAUCCAUUUGAGACAUGCUUGACUCACAGAGGAGAGGAGAUGGGGUCUAUUAGAGGACGAAUCAGGGUCUAUGUACCACCAGACCGACGAAAGAUCCGGGAAAGGGUCUAUGAGUGGCUCUGUAUUGAGAAGGAUGAUAAGGAAAUGACGAAGGACCAGUUGCCUCGCCCUUCGUCCAGUUCAUUCCCCUUCCAAGCACCAUCAGCCCCGUUUAUGGCAGCUCCAAACAGCUACACCAAUCCUGCAUAUUUCAUCUUUGAGGGGUUGCCUGUGUUGCAGAGAGUCGAGGAAAUUCCCUCAUCCAGCAAAGAAUCACAAUUAGUACGGGCCGAAGACAGCGUGAUACAGCUCCCUAGAGUGACUGGAGGUCACAGCCAUGGCAAAAGGUCUGCUCGGAGAUCCGACUUCACAGAGAUUGAUAUUCCUGGCUCCUUAGCACCCUAUAAACCAUCUUGUGAGACUCAAAAUGAACUGUCAUUGACUGCGUCCUCUUAUCAGCUUUUCCCAGGUCCAGAUGUUCCUACAUCCCCAAAUAAGAGACACACUUCUUCCUCAAAUACAUCUUUACAGUUAGAGUCCCAUAAGAUCAAUAUGAGACAGGGCCCGGUGUUGUCAGAGAAAAAACUUACAAACUCCUACAUGAACCAUUCAGUUUUUUCCUGGGACGUACAGACACCGCUCAAAGAAAAAGCCAGAAAGGACUAUCACAGGCUGCAUCAAGGCAGGCCCAUGCCAAUGCAAAAUGGACCAAACCUAAACCCCUAUGUGUCUACAAGGGUUCCCGUCCAUGAAUCCUCUGUACCCUGGAUUGUAGAGCAGCCAACUACAGCUUCAGGAGACAACUCACUAACAGCUCUCCAAAUUGCUAAAUCACUAAGUGAGGUGGAUUUUCAGCCAGUAGACCGAAAGUACCAAUUUCAUGGAAAGUCGUCUCAGCAAAGGCAUCAUGGGUGUCAGUCUUACAUGGAGCCCCAGAAACAGUGCGGGAGCUGCUCAGUAGUCUGGGUUUGCAGCGUUACACACUGGACCUCAGCCGCAAUGGUUGGGACGAUCUUGAUUACUUCAGUGGUAUUACAGAGGAGGAGCUGUGUACAGCGGGUGUGUCUAACCCAUCUCAUCGACGAAGAAUCUUGGAGAACCUUCCCAAGAUCUGGGACUGAACACAAAGAGCCUGAGGUGUCAUAUCAGGGGACCAUCAAUGACAAGUUCAAUAUUUGCAUUCCUACAUCUUUUUUUUAGUCUCCUUUGUAAUUUAGAAAAUGUAAUGCCUUUCAUAAAACAGCUGAUCAGACCAAGUCUUCACUCUCUCCCUGUGGUCCUAAACAUACAGUGUGGAAUAAACUAAAGUCCAAUACAUGCUUCAAA